GUGCACUUGUCCAUGCCCACUAUCUGGGCUGGGUUGUGUGUAUUGGAUUUCAAAGUGCUCACAGAAUGACUCACCUCACUCUCCUCUACUGUCAGCUCUCUGAAAUGACACAGCCUUAGUAUAGCCAGUCUGUGAGAAAUUGACUACUAGUACUGGUACAUAAAAUAGGGGGACUAACACACUGACUGACCCAUAACUCCCGGCAUCAGAUGAACUGAUAGAGAUUUUCUCGGACAGUACUAAAAUUGCUCAAUCCAAAUUUUCACAAUGCUGGAAGGAUUUGAAUAUUUGGUUGACGACAACAGAACCCGGGAAAUCCCGCUACAUGUUGCAUUCAAGGAAAAGGGAGAGACCGUUGACAACCAAAGUGACCAUGGUAAUUUACCAGACUUUGAGAUGUAUACUCUCUCUCCAGACGAGUUCACGCCUGCUGUAAAAGCCGAAUUAAGAAGUACAAUAAAGACCAAGUUAAUGGUAAAAGGUCAAGAAAUACCAACCGUGGAAUAUCGACAACCGUUGUUGGAACAGUUAACACCAGAAGAAGAAGAGAAAAGAAAACGAAGAAGAGAAAACAAUAGACAAGCAGCACAGAGGUGUCGACAGAAAAAGAAGGAUUUGCUUGAUACGUUACAGAAGAAAACGCAAAACUUAGAGUGUCAGAACACGGACCUACGAAGACAGAUUCGAAGUUUGGAAAAAGAAAAAGAGGCUGCCGAAAAACUCCUUUCAGAGCACUUGAACGUCUGCAAGUAUCACGUGACGCACGAGGCAUGACAAUAUGUUUCACCAGUGUCUAGCAAAGUUGAUACAAUGGAUUUGGAUACGGAUUUGAACAGCAAAUAGUCACAAGUUUGGCCGCACGCAUCACGCGAUCAGCCUUCAGAAGACCACCACGCACUUGACCAUACUUCAAUUAUGUCAUAUCCGGUCAUCCCGAUUAAGAUCGAUGUGUGGACUGCUGUUAAGGGUUUUUAAGAAACCUCAUUCUUUCAUAAGGCUUUCUGUGAAUAAAGCCAAACGAAAACGAAAGAUGGAGAUGGAGAACAUGUGAAUAUCAAGACGACCGUCACAUUUACGACAAUCGUUUAGAUUUAUCAGAAUCUGUGAUAAUGCAUUCUAAACCUUCAGACCAUCAUACAAAUUAAAGAUUGCUCAAAAGAAACUUGUUAAAAGUUUCGAUUCAACAUAUAUUUUCAGACUUAAAACUUGAAGUGUCAUACCUUUUUCUAUUUAUUGUGAUCAUGAUGUUUCUCUGUAUAUUUUUAUGAGACAGAAUUAAACACAUUAUAAUGGACACAAGAUAAAGGUAACUCUAUGAAAUUUUGUAUAUUUUGGAUUAAGAACUUUUUUUUUUACUGUAGCGAUAGAAAAAUGCAUAGGAAUUAGCGGGUAAUAUUAGAUGUUUCAAUAUGUAAUUAUCAUCAAUAUUGAAUAUUUUAAGAACUAUUUUACAAAACAUUAUCGUUUACCAUUUUCAAGUUCCUUUUAAGUGUAUUAGAAAUGAUUUUACAUUUCAGCUUUUGCGAUUUUUCCGAACUCUCAUUACCAUAUAACUGCAAAUAUAAUAUAUUAACAACGUACAAUAUCAUCUUUCUGGUUGCGAUUUUAGUUAAUAAAAAGUUAUUUAAAUCAUUAUUAUUAUUUAACAUUUUAAAUAUAGUAUAUGUAUAUCAUUUGAGUAUUAUUAUGAGUUUUUAAAUUACAUACAGUUUAUACUGUGUCCAUUUUGAUAUUACCUAUCAAUA